CGUCAUUUGGCAGUUUUGGGAGGCUAGCUUCUUGACGGAGGAACAAAGUGAAACAUAGCGGAUGUUGUAUGUGCAACAGCCCACUAAACAAGUAAGAUUGGGUUAUUUUCAGUUUAAACCUACGUUAAUGUAUAACUCGCUGUGAAAUAAAAAGUCACAUUUUGUUGACAAGCUUCUACAAUUUGCUGGGAGCCGAGUUCCGCAUCUGAUGGCUCUGUGCUAACAACGCUAACUUUAGCAAUCAAGCUAGCUAACGUUGCUAGCUGGCUAUUUUCAGCGUCAUCAGAGCAGGCCUGUGUCGGCAAUACAACUCCUCAAUUAAAUUAUACAAUUUGGAAACAUCUCUAACUAACUUUGUAUUAAUAAACAACAGGUGUCUAGUUUUGUGGAAAGCCAGUCAGUUUGUUGGCUAGUUAGCUACAUAAGCUUAAGGAAGUUUGGUUAGUUAGCCAACUUCAGCUGUAAAACAUCUAGCUAGCCACCAAAACAGACAUAGCUAGUUAAAUUCUGAAGAAAUACCUGGCAGCAACAAGGUCUAAAGCUUGCUUGUGGUCAACCUAAUAGCCUAACUACCUAGCCAGAGAUUGAGUAGGUAUGUGGCAGUCUGAUGAUGUUUUGGGAGUGAGAAACUGCUAUUUCAAAAUAGUGUGUCACUCAAUGCACUGGCCUGGCACUGUCUGUGUGACCUGGCACUUGGUGCUUGUUCCCUGGAACUCCCCUGUCUAAUGGUGUGAGGAACAGAAAGUCGAUUUCCCCAAUGAUUGUCCUAAAUGGCUAGAUAGUGUUUGCUACUAAGGAUGGCUAGAUAGUGUUAGCUGGUCGGGAUGGAUUGCAAAAUAAGUGUGUGGAGUCAUUACUUUUAACAAAUACUGUUGUAAUGUCAUCAUGCUUCACACUAAAAUCAAAUGUAUUUGUAAAUCCGUUUUACCUAAUUUAUAACAACAACAAAAAAACUCUAGACCACCUUUACUCCACACACAGAGAUUCGUACAAAGCUCUCCCUCGCCCUCCAUUUGGCAAAUCUGACCAUAAUUCUAUCAUCCUGAUUCCUGCUUACAAGCAAAAACUAAAGCCGGAAGUACCAGUGACUCGCUCAAUACAGAAGUGGUUAGAUGACGCAGAUGCUAAGCUACAGGACUGUUUUGCUAGCACAGACUGGAAUAUGUUCCAGGAUUCUUCCGAUGGCAUUGAGGAGUAUACCACAUCAGUCACUGGCUUCAUCAAUAAGUGCAUCGAUGACGUCGUCCCCACAGUGACCGUACGUACAUACCCCAACCAGAAGCCAUGGAUUACAGGCAACAUCCGCACUGAGCUAAAGGGUAGAGCUGCCGCUUUCAAGGAGCGGGACUCUAACCCGGACUCUUAUAAGAAAUCCCGCUAUGCCCUCCAACGAACCAUCAAACAGGCAAAGCAUCAAUACAGGACUAAGAUGAAAUUGUACUACACAGGAUCCGAUGCUCGUCGGAUGUGGCAGGGCUUGCAAACUAUUACAGACUACAAAGGGAAGCACAGCCGCGAGCUGCCCAGUGACACGAGCAUACCAGACAAGCUAAAUAACUUCUAUGCUCGCUUCGAGGCAAGCAACACUGAAGCAUGCAUGAGAGCAUCAGCUGUUCCGGACGACUGUGUGAUCACGCUCUCUUUAGCCGAUGUGAGUAAGAUCUUUAAACAGGUCAACAUUCACAACGCUGCAGGGCCAGACGGAUUACCAGGACGUGUACUCCGAGCAUGCGCUGACCAACUGGCAAGUGGUUUCACUGACAUUUUCAACCAGUCCCUGACUGAGUCUGUAAUACCAACAUGUUUCAAACAGACCACCAUAGUCCCUGUGCCCAAGAACACUAAGAUAACCUGCCUAAAUGAUUACCGACCCGUAGCACUCACGUCUGUAGCCAUGAAGUGCUUUGAAAGGAUGGUCAUGGCUCACAUCAACACCAUUAUCCCAGAAACCCUAGACCCACUACAAUUUGCAUACCGCCCCAACAGAUCCACAGAUGAUGCAAUCUCUAUUGCACUCCACACUGCCCUUUCCCACCUGAACAAAAGGAACGCCUACGUGAGAAUGCUAUUAAUUGACUACAGCUCAGCGUUCAACACCAUAGUGCCCUCUAAGCUCAUCACUAAGCUAAGGACUCUGGGACUGAACACCUCCCUCUGGAACUGGAUCCUGGACUUCCUGAUGGGCCGCCCCCAGGUGGUAAGGGUAGGUAACAACACAUCUGCCACACUGAUCCUCAACACGGGGGCCCCUCAGGGGUGCGUGCUCAGUCCCCUCCUGUACUCCCCGUUCACCCAUGACUGCAUGGCCAAGCACGACUCCAACACCAUCAUUAAGUUUGCCGACGACACAACAGUGGUAGGCCUGAUCACGACAACAAUGAGACAGCCUAUAGGGAGGAGGUCAGAGACCUGGCCGUGUGGUGCCAGGAUAACAACCUCUCCCGCAACAUGAUCAAGACAAAGGAGAUGAUUGUGGACUACAGGAAAAGGAGGACCGAGCACACCCCCAUUCUCAUCGACAGGGCUAUAGUGGAGCAGGUUGAGAGCUUCAAGUUCCUUGGUGUCCACAUCACCAAAAAACGAUCAUGGUCCAAACACACCAAGACAGUCGUGAAGAGGGCACGACAAAGCCUAUUCCCCCUCAGGAGACUGAAAAGAUUUGGCAUGGGUCCUCAGAUUCUCAAAAAGCUAUACAGCUGCACCAUCGAGAGCAUCCUGACUGGUUGCAUCACCGCCUGGUAUGGCAACUGCUCGGUCUCCGACCGCAAGGCACUACAGAGGGUAGUGCGUACGGCCCAGUACAUCACUGGGGCGACCCCCACAGUCCAAUGGCCGCGAGCUUUACACCACUCCAGCAGAUGCUUGACAUUGCGCAUGGUGAUCUUAGGCUUGUGUGCGGCUGCUCGGCCAUGGAAUCUCAUUUCAUGAAGCUCUCGACGUGUGCUGAUGUUGCUUCCAGAGACAGUUUAGUUGAAAGUCUUCCGUAUGGGCCAUUCUACUGCCAAUGUUUGUCUAUGGAGAUUGCAUGGCUGAUGUUUUGAAGGGGUGUCCACAUAUUUUUGUAUAUACAGUGCAUUCGGAAAGUAUUCAGACCUCUUGACUUUUUCCACAUUUUGUUACGUUACAGCCUUAUUCUAAAAUGGAUUAAAUUAUUUUUUCCCCCUCAUCAAUCUACACACAAUAACCCAUAAUGACAAAGCAAAAACUGUUUUUUAGAAAUAUCACAUUUACAUAAGUAUUCAGACCCUUUACUCAGUACUUUGUUGAAGCACCUUUCGCAGAGAUUACACCCUCAAAUUUUCUUGGGUAUGACGCUACAAGCUUUGCAUACCUGUAUUUGGAGUUCCUCCCAUUCUUCUCUGAAGAUCCUCUCAAGCUCUGUCAGGUUGGAUGGGGAGCGUCGCAGCACAGCUAUUUUCAGGUCUCUCCAGAGAUGUUCGAUUGGGUUCAAGUCCGGGCUCUGGCUGGGCCACUCAAGGACAUUCAGAUACUUGUCCCGAAGCCACUCCUGCGUUGUCUUGGCUGUGUGCUUAGGGUCGUUGUCCUGUUGGAAGGUGAGCCUUCGCCCCAGUCUGAGGUCCUGAGCGGUUUUCAUCAAGGAUCUCUCUGUACAUUGCUCCGUUCAUCUUUCCCUCGAUCCUGACUAGUCUCCCAGUCCCUGCCGCUGAAAAACAUCCCCACAGCAUGAUGCUGCCACCACCAUGCUUCACCGUAGGGAUGGUGCCAGGUUUCCUCUAGACGUGACGCUUGGCAUUCAGGCCAAAGAGUUCAGUCUUGGUUUCAUCAGACCAGAGAAUCUUGUUUCUCAUGGUCUGAGCGUCCUUUAAGUGCCUUUUGGCAAACUCCAAGUGGGCUGUCGUGCUUUUUACUGAGGAGUGGCUUCCAUAAAGGCCUGAUUGGUGGAGUGCUGCAGAGAUGGUUGUCCUUCUGGAAGAUUCUCCCAUCUCCACAGAGGAACUCUGGAGCUAUGUCAGAGUGACCAUCGGGUUCUUGGAUUGCUCUACGGACAAUUCCUUCGACCUCAUGGCUUGGUUUUUGCUCUGACAUGCACUGUCAACUGUGGGACCUUAUAUAGACAGGUGUGUGCCUUUCCAAAUCAUAUCCAAUCAAUUGAAUUUACCACAGGUGGACUCCAAUCAAGUUGUAGAAACAUAUCAAGGAUGUUCAAUGGAAACAGGAUGCACCUGAGCUCAAUUUCGAGUCUCAUAGCAAAGGGUCUGAAUACUUAUGUAAAUAAGGUAUUUCUGUUUUUUAUUUUUAUUUAAAUUUGCAAACAUAACAAAACCAACUGUUUUCGCUUUGUCAUUAUGGGGUAUUGUGUGUAGGUUGAUGAGGGAAAAUAAUAACUUAAUCAAUUUUAGAAUAAGGCUGUAAAGUAACAAAAUGUGGAAAAAGGGAAGGGGUCUGUCUGUUUUGAAUACUUUCCGAAUGUACAUCAUGGCCUAUUCUCCAUUAUUAACAGCUGGGUAGGACUUUUAGGCUGUGUCCCAAAUUGCACCCUAUGUGUAUCUCUGUACUCAAUGAUGUCUUGAUAACAAAACCUAAAACAACUUGACCUCUCCCAGAGUUUUCCCGAUAUACAUGCCACGCAGCCCCCCAACAGUCUUCACUCUGAGGCCUAAGAGCACGCCACACUGGCAGCAAUGUCUUACAGUAAAGCAGACGGGUAUCGCACCCAGCCACGGGACUCCAACACCCUCAUCCAAACAUGCAGCUCCAACAUCCAGAAGAUCACACAGAACAGUAAGUAUUGCUGCAGAAAGAGAAGAGUUGAUGUGAUGAAGGUCAUUCGGUCAAUACUUUGUAAUGAUCUAUGCUAGAUGUAUCUAUAUACAGUCGACAGUUUAGAGGAUGUAUAUUUUCUCCUUCCCCAGCUGCCCAGAUAAAGAGCAUGGUGAGUCAGCUGGGGACGAGGCAAGACACCAGCGAACUGCAGGACCGUCUGUAAGUCUUCUCAAAAUGUUUUUGCUUGUACAUACAUACACUGACAAACAUAUUAAUGUACAUAUAUAUACAGUGACAAAUGUAUUAAUAUACAUACAGCACAUACACUGACAAACAUAUGAAUGCACUGUAUACAGAACAGAACGUGUGUGUGUGUGUUCUAUGUUACUCUCUGAGAGUUGACCAUCUCCUUGACUGACUCUGGACAUCGGUUCAUUCAGGCAGCAGAUACAGCACUUUACCAACCAGCUGGCCAAGGAGACCAACAAGCACCUGAAAGACCUGGGCGCCGUCUCACUAUCGUCAGCACCUUCGGAGCAGGUCAGUAUCUGUUCCAAUGACUUUGUGUGUGUGGGACGGACUUCCCAACAAUGACUUUGGGUAACCUUUGUGUGUUUUGAAUGGCUCCGGGGUUGAAGUUUCCCGUAGGUACAGAUCUAGCAUCAGCGUCCUCUCCUCCCCUAUCCUAACCUUACCCAUUAGUGGGGGGAAUGCAAAGCUGACCCAUGAUCAGUGUCUAGGGGGAACUCCACCCUACACCACUCUGUCACAGUGACAAUGUGUUUGAAUUAAACCAUUUCUUCUUCUCUCAACCCACAGAGACAACAGAAGAUCCAGAAGGAACGGCUGAUGAAUGAUUUCUCCGCUGCCCUCAACAACUUCCAGGCCAUACAGCGCCAGGCAGCGGAGAAGGAGAAGGAGUCUGUGGCCAGAGCCAGAGCUGGUUCCCGUCUCUCUGUAAGACUUUGAAAAUGCAGAUAGAAAAAAUGGAUGGAAUGCUGAGUUAUGUCAUACCAUUGGCAGGUUUUCUAUGAUCAAACUUCAAGUGAUGUCUGGUUCCUCUCUGUCAGGCUGAAGAUGGUGCCUCUGAGGAACAGCUCGUGUCUUUUGAUAAGUAGGUUCAAGCUUCUCUCUCAAAGGAGGCUGUUUUGAUAUUUUUCUACUCCAGGAUAUGGUUCCUGGAUGGUUCCUGGUUUCUGAAAUAUUGUUUGUGUCUCCUUAUCUCCGUACAAGUGUUUUCUCUCUCACUCUUUCUUUUCUGUAGCCAAGAAGAUUGGGGUCAGACAACCACACAGAUGACGGAGGAGGCCAUAACAGAAGAGGACUUGGAGCUUAUCAAGGAGAGAGAGACCAACAUCAGACAGCUGGAGGUGAGUCUCCCGCUGUCUCUCUCUGUCUCCCCCCCCCCUCUCCAAUCUGAUACGGUGGUUGUGUCCCAAAUGGCACCCUAUUCCCUACAUUGUUAAAUGGGGCGCUGGUCAAAACUAAUGCACUGGGGAAUAGGGGUGCAGCCAGCCAGUGCCUGGGGAGCAGACCAAUGCCUAGGCUCAUCACAUGGCAUAAACAGGAAUGCAUUACCUUUCUCAUUGAGUUGUGCAUUAUUUUAGCAUUACCGUUUUAUUGAGUUAUGUUGUGUUAUUUCAGCAUGACCUUUUAUUGAGUUAUGUUGUGUUAUUUCAGCAUAUCCUUUUUAUUGGUUAUGUUGUGUUAUUUUAGCAUAACCUUUUUAUUGGUUAUGUUGUGUUAUUUUAGCAUUACCUUUUUAUUGAUGUGUGUUAUUUCAGCAUUACCUUUUAUUGAGUUGUGUUGUGUUAUUUCAGCAUAUCCUUUUUAUUGGUUAUGUUGUGUUAUUUCAGCAUAACCUUUUUAUUGAGUUGUGUUGUUUUAGCGUGACCUUUUUAUUGAGUUAUGUUGUGUUAUUUCAGCAUAACCUUUUUAUUGAGUUGUGUUGUUUUAGCGUGACCUUUUUAUUGAGUUAUGUUGUGUUAUUUCAGCAUAACCUUUUUAUUGAGUUGUGUUGUUUUAGCGUGACCUUUUUAUUGAGUUAUGUUGUGUUAUUUCAGCAUAACCUUUUUAUUGAGUUGUGUUGUUUUAGCGUGACCUUUUUAUUGAGUUAUGUUGUGUUAUUUCAGCAUAACCUUUUUAUUGAGUUGUGUUGUUUUAGCGUGACCUUUUUAUUGAGUUGUGUUGUUUUAGCGUGACCUUUUUAUUGAGUUGUGUUGUUUUAGCGUGACCUUUUUAUUGAGUUAUGUUGUGUUAUUCCAGUCUGACAUCUUGGAUGUGAACCAGAUCUUCAAGGACCUAGCUGUGAUGAUCCAUGAUCAGGGAGAGAUGAUUGGUGAGUCCCAUCACUGUUGUUGUACUGGACCUAGCUGUGAUGAUCCAUGAUCAGGGAGAGAUGAUUGGUGAGUCCCAUCACUGUUGUUGUACUGGACCUAGCUGUGAUGAUCCAUGAUCAGGGAGAGAUGAUUGGUGAGUCCCAUCACUGUUGUUGUACUGGAGUCCAGUGCCCAAUCAGUGACUUCCUUCAUAAAAACCACCGCUCUGAAACAUGAUUUGAACUCUCUAAAAAUAAGAUUUGGUUUCCCUCUAUGCACAUGCUUAAAGUUAGACUGCUGACCCCAAAACAUCUCUAUUAUUCUAGCCACUCUGCUGAUUGUCAUGUUUGAAUAUACAGUGUCUUCAGAACGUAUUCAUACCCCUUGACUAAUUCCACAUUUUGUUGUUGCUGAAUUCAAAAUGGAUUAAAUUGAUUUAUUUUCUCACCCAUCUACACACAAUACCCCAUAAUGGCAAAAAUGAAAUUGUAGCAAAUGUAUUGAAAAUGAAAUACAGAAAUAUCUCAUUUACAUAAGUAUUCACACCCCUGAGUCAAUACUUUGUAGAAGCACCUUUGGCAGCGAUUACAGCUGUGAGUCUUUCUGGGUAAAACAUUUGCCCAUUAUUCUUUUUUAAGUUCUUCAAGCUCUACUGCUGAAAGUUUAAUUCAUAUUCCAGUGUCUGGUGGAAAGCAGACUGAACCAGGUUUUCCUCUACGAUUUUGCCUGUGCUUAGCUCCACUCUGUUUAUCCUGAAAAACUCCCCAGUCCUUAACAAUUACAAGCAUACCCAUAACAUGAUGCAGCCACCAGUAUGCUUGAAAAUAUGGAGAGUGGUACUCAGUAAUGUGUUGUAUUGGAUUUUCCCCAAACAUAACACUUUAUAUUCAGGACAAAAAGUUCAUUGCUUUGACACAUUUGUUGCAAUAUUACUUUAGUGCCUUGUUGCAAACAGGAUGCGUGUUUUGAAAUAUUUGUAUUCUGUACAGGCUUCCUUCUUUUCACUCUGUCAAUUAGGUUAGUAUUGUGGAGUAACUACAAUGUUGUUGAUCCAUCCUCAGUUUUCUCCUAUCACAGCCAUUAAAGUCUUGUCAUUUUUUAAAAGUCACAUGGUGAAAUCGCUGAGCGGUGUCUUUCCUCUCCGGCAACUGAGUUAGGAAGGACGUCUAUAUAUUUGUAGUGACUGGGGUGUAUUGAUACACCAUCCAAAGUGUAAUCAAUAACUACUCCAUGCUCAAAGGGAUAUUCAAUGUCUGUUUUUUUUUUUUUAUUACCCAUCUACCAAUAGGUGCCCUUCUUUGCGAGGCAUUGGAAAACCUCCCUGGUCUUUGUGGUUGAAUCUGUGUUUGAAAUUCACUGCUCGACUGAGGGACCUUACAAUUAUCUGUAUGUGUGGGGUACAGAGAUGAGGUAGUCAUUCAAAAUGCAUGUUAAGCACUAUUAUUGUACACAGAGUGAGUCCAUGCAACUUAUGUGAAUUGUUAAGCACUUAAAAAAAAAAUCCUGAAUUGAUUUAGGCUUGCCAUAACAAAGGGGUUGAACACUUUGUGACUCAAGACAUUUCAGCUUUUGUUUUUAAUUAAUUUGUAACAUUUGUAAAACAUCUGAAAGAUUUAGUUUGUAGUUUCCACUUAAAAAGUGUCAUUUUCUCAGAAUGACACAAAAUGAAUUUUUUUUUCCACUUUGUACAUAAGUAUGGCAUAACAAGUUUCUCAUACUGUCCCUUUGUUGCAAUAACAGUGUCCGUUCCGGAUUCCCAUCCCUCUAAAGUAUGUUUUUGUGCUGUCCUGGGCACGGACUUUCAACUCCCUCCAAAGAUUUUCUAUGGGGUUGAGAUCUGGAGACUGGCUAGGCCACUCCAGGACCUUGAAAUGCUUCUUACGAAGCCACUCCUUCGUUGCCCGGGCGGUGUGUUUGGGAUCAUUGUCAUGCUGAAAGACCCAGCCACGUUUAAUCUUCAAUGCCCUUGCUGAUGGAAGGAGGUUUUUCACUCAAAAUCUCACGAUACAUGGCCCCAUUCAUUCUUUCCUUUACAAGGAUCAGUCGUCCUGGUCCCUUUGCAGAAAAACAGCCCCAAAGCAUGAUGUUUCCACCCCCAUGCUUCACAGUAGGUAUGGUGUUCUUUGGAUGCAACUCAGCAUUCUUUGUCCUCCACACACGAUGAGUUGAGUUUUUACCAAAAAGUUCUAUUUUGGUUUCAUCUGACCAUAUGACAUUCUCCCAAUCCUCUUCUGGAUCAUCCAAAUGCACUCUAGCAAACUUCAGAUGGGCCUGGACAUGUACUGGCUUAAGCAGGGGGACACGUCUGACACUGCAGGAUUUGAGUCCCUGGCGGCGUAGUGUGUUACUGAUGGUAGGCUUUGUUACUUUGGUCCCAGCUCUCUGCAGGUCAUUCACUAGGUCCCCCCGUGUGGUUCUGGGAUUUUUGCUCACCGUUCUUGUGAUCAUUUUGAACCCACGGGGUGAGAUCUUGCGUGGAGCCCCAGAUCGAGGGAGAUUAUCAGUGGUCUUGUAUGUCUUCCAUUUCCUAAUAAUUGCUCCCACAGUUGAUUUCUUCAAACCAAGCUGCUUACCUAUUGCAGAUUCAGUCUUCCCAGCCUGGUGCAGGUCUACAAUUUUGUUUCUGGUGUCCUUUGACAGCUCUUUGGUCUUGGCCAUAGUGGAGUUUGGAGUGUGACUGUUUGAGGUUGUGGACAGGUGUCUUUUAUACUGAUAACAAGUUCAAACAGGUGCCAUUAAUACAGGUAAUGAGUGGAGGACAGAGGAGCCUCUUAAAGAAGAAGUUACAGGUCUGUGAGAGCCAGAAAUCUUGCUUGUUUGUAGGUGACCAAAUACUUAUUUUCCACCAUAAUUUGCAAAUAAAUUCGGGGUAUUGGGUUGUUUUAAAAAAGGGGUUUUUUUCAGAGACACAAAAUAUCUAUUUAAACCAUUUUAAAUUCAAGCUGUAACACAACAAAAUGUGGAAAAAGUAGAGGGGUUGUGAAUGCGUUCUGAAGGCAAUGUACAUAUGUGUUAAAGAAGAAAAGCUGAGGCACCAUGAGGCGGUGACAAGCUGAGCCUGUGUGUCUGAUCUCUGUUGUUUCCCCACAGACACGCAUAGAGGGCCAAACGGGAGAUGCUGAGGUCACGUAGACAGAGGGACGGAACAGCUCCAGAGGGCCGCGUACUACCAGGUAAGAGGAAGUAUCACUGUUGCAAAGUCACUGUGUCCACUGCUAGCUAGCGAUGUCCACUGCUAGCUAGCGAUGGCUAAAUGAGAGAGCCUAUUCAUUUUCAAUAGAAGGAAAGCGUCUCGCGCCGAACUGAGUGUGAACAGAACAAUAAGCAGAACAUUAUGCAAAUAUCCCGGCGAUAUCAUGGCACGAUUAUAUAAUGGUGCAGCUGACCAAUCGAGGAUCGUUAUAGUGCUUUGAUUGGCUGUUGAUGCCUAGCACUGCCACUGGUAGUCUACCAGUGGUGUGUAGUGGUGCCUCGAGAAGUGGGUAAACUCUAAUUUCCCAAAUGGCCCGCCCGGUGUAGGAAUGGCAACCUGUGUGAAAUAUUAUGAGAAACAGUGACGUACUCUGAGUGACCUACAAUCACGGCAAUGAGAAAUACAUCCACCGUGAUAUCCGGAAUUAAAUAACAGGCCUAUCCCUUAUGGCUGUUAUGUCAGGCUAAGGGACCUGAGGUAAGAAAAGGAAAAGCUUUCUGUGGUGGUGCGUUACAUGAGAACGGGAUACUCGAGGAGUUCCUACACGUCACAGCAGCUAAAGGCUCGGAUGCUAGUCGCUGCUGAGAUCAGUAUCCUACAACGAAGCGCUUGAAGGGAGCAGUCAGUCAUCUCUGUAUCGUGCUAGAGGAGAUUUAUGGGAAACAAAACCAGGUCUAGGGUACAUUCACUACCAUACACCAUGGUUUCCACAUAUUUCUACCCUGAUAUUACUAUUCUUGUGUAACUUUUCUGUUCUAGGCUGUGGUCUUUGCCAGAUUAUUUCUGUAGGCUAUUUAGUCUACGAUGGGGAAUGGUGGCUAUCUGUUCAGCUCAGGACCCUGGUCUAAACGCCAUAGCCUGUCCCCUAAGCUCUUCUAUAGUGAAGAAAAACAAAGAGUCUAAACUGUAGAACUCUUGUGACAUGGGGAUACAUGCACAGUUCUCCUUGUGAAUGUCAGGAGUCUGAGAACAGAACAGAACGGAGUGCGGAGCGGUCCGGUGCUGAAGCGGUCCGGUGCUGAAGCGGUCCGGUGCUGAAGUCUUUUGGUCCGACUUUCGCCGGUUCAACCAGCGCCGGGCCCAAGCCACAUUACCUGGUGCUGAAUAAUAUAAGCUUAUUCUAUGGUUUCACACUCGCGCUUUUCACACCAAUAUAUUGCCAAACAUUUUACCGAUUUGCAUUUGUGUAGGCUACGUUGUGCAUGAUUGAUACGGCGUGCACCCUGCACUACACUACUUUGAUACGCAUCAGUGGGGAUUGACAAGUGAGUACACGCAAUGCCCACUGAAAAAUAAGUGGCUAUACAGCUUAUCCCCUCCACUACACCACUGAGCACGACCUAGCAUGCUGUGCGUUUGCUGCUUGAAAACAAUGGCUCGCAUAGCGUUGAACUGUCAAAUAGAGCGUUUCAUCCCCAGUAACAGGUAACAUUUAAAUGAAUUGGCUCCAUGCUGUUUCUGCACGUCAACUGUCACCAACCCUCUGCUCUGUUUCUCCCCUCAGCAAAAGUCCCGUAAGAAGAUGUGUAUCCUGGCUGUGGUCUUGUCCAUAGUGUUGACCAUAGUGGGCAUCAUCAUCUGGCAAGCCACCAAAUGAAAAGAGAGACCCAACCCUCCUAUCUUUCACAUCUUUAUUUAUUUCAUUCCCC